AAUUCAUCCCCCUGGUGGGAUCUGGGCAGGAUCCCACGCUGGGAUUCCCGGGCUGGGCAGCACAGCAGGGUCUGGGCCGCUCAGGAAAACCCAGAUUGGUGCCCCUGGAAUUUCCCAGGGAGGGGGCUGGGGUGGCUUUGAUCCCCUCGAUCCCCUCCUGGGAAACCCUUUCCAGAGCCAGGAGCUGCUCACAACCAUCCUGGCUCCCUCCAUUCCAACUUCCCCUCUUGUUCCUCCUCAAAACACCCGGGAAUUUCAAAAAUCGACCUCUGGAUGUCGGGAAGUUCCUGGAAUCCUGUGGUGUCCCAGGAUUUAAACUGACUCCUCCCAAAUCCCAGAUUAUUCCAAGAUUCCCUGCACGGGGGGAUCCCCCUGGAUCCUGUCCCUCGUUCUUUCUCCAGGAUCAUGGGAUCUGGGCCGGGCUGUGUCCCUGCCCUGCUGCUAAUCCCUAAUCCUGCUCAAAGGGAGGGUGCAGCCCUGCAAGCUCCCGGCUUUUCUGGGAUGAAAGCUCCCCCUUUUCCGGGAAAAUCCUUCCCUUUCAUCCCAGGCCAGCGCUGGGCUCCCAUUCCAUCAUCCCCAGGAGGGUACAAGGGAACGAGAAUUCCUCUGCCAAGGAGUGAGGCCAUUCCAGGAGCCUGGGACUCCCACCUGGCUCUUCCCAGGGAUUCCUGUGCUGUGGGAGAGGAGCCUUGGAGCUGGUGCUGGCCCAGGGAAGGCUCCACAUUCCCAGGCUCCAGGUCCUCCCUGCCACCUUAUCCAGGGAAUUUUUUUCUGGAGCAGCUGCUGGAUGGGGAAUUCUCCGAGGGAAACGUCAAAGCUGAGACCUCUUCAAAUCCAGAGCAAAAGAUUCAGCCAGUCUGGGAGGAUUUGGGGGCCUCUUUCCUUUGGUUUAAACCUUUAAAAAGAAACUGUGUUAAAAAAAAAAAAACAAAACAAAACAGGAAUCUUUCCCGAAAACUCUUGUCCUUUUGGAUUCCCAGAGCUGGAAAACCAGGGUGGAUUUUGGCUCUGUGGGCACCAACCUGCUGCUGCUUUGAAGGAUCCCCUUUUAUUUUUAGGGGAAGGGGGUGGCUUCAGGAGUGGGAUGCAGGAAAAUGAGGGUCUGGAAAAUGAAGAAAACAUGCUGGGAAUGCUCUUUGGGAAUUCCCUUGGGCAGAUGGGGAGGGGCUGGUGCAGCCCCUUGGACACGGCCCUUCCACAGGCCUGGGGAGUGCAGGAGGGAUCCCAGGAGCAUCCCCUGGGAUUGGGGAGCCUCAGGAUGGGCUCCCUGGGCUGAUCCAUGUGCUGAUCCAUGUGCUGAUCCAUGUGCUGAUCCAUGUGGUGAUCCCUGUGCUGAUCCCUGUGGUGAUCCAUGUGGUGAUCCAUGUGCUGAUCCAUGUGCUGAUCCAUGUGCUGAUCCAUGUGCUGAUCCCUGUGCUGAUCCCUGUGCUGAUCCAUGUGCUCUCCCAGCAGCUCCAGGGCCAGCAUGGCCGCCACUGCUGCCGUCAGCCCCAGCGAGUACCUGCAGCCCGCGGCCUCCGGCACCCAGGACUCCCAGCCCUCUCCCCUGGCCCUCCUGGCAGCCACAUGUAGCAAGAUCGGCCCCCCCGCCGUGGAGGCCGCCGUGACGCCCCCGGCUCCCCCCCAGCCCACGCCCCGCAAGCUGGUGCCCAUCAAACCCGCCCCGCUGCCCCUGGGCGCCGCCAAGAGCAGCAUCGGCAUCCUGUCCUCCAAAGGGAACCUCUUCCAGAUCCAGGGCUCCCAGGUGGGCACCUCCUACCCGGGGGGGCAGCUGGUCUUCGCCAUCCAGAACCCGGCCGUGCUCAGCAAGGGCUCCCGCUCGUCCUCCUCGUCCUCCUCCUCGCCCUCCUCGUCCUCCUCCUCCUCCUCCAGCCUGCAGUACCAGGCGGUGCCCGGCGGGGCUCAGGCCAUCCAGGUGCAGCCCAACCUGGCCAACCAGAUCCAGAUCAUCCCCGGCACCAACCAGGCCAUCCUGGCGCCUUCCUCCACCUCCACCUCCUCCUGCUCCUCCUCCUCCUCGUCCUCCUCCUCGUCCUCCUCCUCCUCCUCCUCUCACAAGCCCGUGCCCAUCAAACCGGCCCCGGCUCAGAAGGCGGCGGCGCCGGGCGCGGCCGGCGUGGUGAAGCUCCCGGGUGGUGGCAACGUGACCCUGAGCCUGGCGGGCAGCGGCGUGGUGUGCCCCGAGCAGGGCGCCCCGGCCCAGCUGCUCGCGGACAGCCCUUCCAAGGCGGGCAAAAAGCCCCGCAAAAAGGCGGCCUCCCCCGCCCAGCCGCCCGCCGUGGCCGUGGCCGAGCAGGUGGAGACGGUGCUGAUCGAGACGACGGCCGAGAACAUCAUCCAGGCCGGCAGCAACCUGCUGAUCGUGCAGAGCCCCGGCGCGGGGCAGCCCGCCGUGGUGCAGCAGGUGCAGGUGGUGCAGCAGCCCAAGCAGGAGUCGCAGGUGGUGCAGAUCCCGCAGCAGGCCCUGCGCGUGGUGCAGGCGGCCUCGGCCACGCUGCCCACCGUGCCCCAGAAAUCCUCCCAGAACUUCCAGAUCCAGGCGGCGGAGCCCACGCCCACCCAGGUCUACUUCAAGACCCCCUCAGGGGAGCUGCAGACCGUGGUGCUCCAGGAGGCCUCGGCCAUGGCCGUGGCUCCGUCGGGAUCGUCGUGCAGCAGCCCCGUGUCCCGCAGCCCCGGCCCGGGGGGCUCCCGGAAACCCCAAACCCGCAAGGAGCGCCCGCUGCCCAAAAUCGCCCCGGCCGGGGGCAUCCUGAGCCUGAACGCUGCCCAGCUGGCAGCUGCUGCCCAGGCCAUGCAGACCAUCAACAUCAACGGGGUGCAGGUGCAGGGCGUGCCCGUCACCAUCACCAACGCCGGAGCGCCCGCCGCGGCUCUCCGGGUGCCGCCUCGUCCGCGAGCGCCGGGGCCUGGAGCGGCCCCUGAGGGCCCGGGGCCAGCAGCAGCUGACGGUGCAGAACGUGUCCGGCAACAACCUGACCAUCAGCGGGCUGAGCCCCACCCAGAUCCAGCUCCAGAUGGAGCAGGCGCUGUCUGGAGAGAUCCAGCCGGGGGAGAAGAGGAGGAGGAUGGCCUGUACCUGCCCCAACUGCAAGGAUGGGGAGAAGAGGCCGGGGGAUCCGGGCAAGAAGAAGCACAUCUGCCACAUCCCCGAGUGCGGCAGAACCUUCCGGAAGACGUCGCUGCUGAGGGCCCACGUGAGGCUGCACACGGGGGAGAGGCCCUUCGUGUGCAACUGGGUGUUCUGCGGGAAGCGCUUCACGCGCUCCGACGAACUGCAGCGGCACGCGCGGACACACACGGGUGACAAGAGGUUCGAGUGUGCCCAGUGCCAGAAACGCUUCAUGCGCUCCGACCACCUGACCAAGCACUACAAGACCCACCUGGUCACCAAGAACUUGUAGGGCCUUGAGGGGGGGUCCCACCCCCCACCCCCCACCCCACGGCCAGGCCCAGGAGCACUCCAGAGCCCCCCCAGGACGGGGGACCCCGAGGGACGUCCCCAAAGCCCCCAGAGGUGCCAGGGACGCCCCCGGGGUCGGGGGGUGGCCCAGCAGGGCCGGGAGCCCUCCCUGGGAUGUCCCCCAGGAGCCCCCCCAGGAGCCAGGGCACGGGGGAGAGGCCCCACAGCACAUUCCUCCUUUGUAUUUAAAUCUAUAAAUAGCUAUAAAUAUCUCUAUGCCCCCUUUGGAAGGUCCCCCUUUUCUAUGGAGAUCGUUGCCUUACGCUCCCGAUUCCCACCCUGUGGAUCAUGAGUGCUUUUCUAAUCUCUAUUUAACCCCCUCUUCCUCCUCAGAUUUCCCAAAAACUCAAGGCUUUAUUUUGUUGUUUUGUUCUGUUUCUUUUUCUCUCCCAAAACUCAAAUUUUCUGCUUUUUGUUGUUUUUGUUUUGUUUUGUUUUUUUUUCCUUCCCCCCCCUCUUAAAAAUUUCUCUCUCCCGACUUUUUAAUUCCCAAGCAACGUGGAAACGUUUUCCUUUGGAAUUUUGGGACUCCUUUCCCCGUGCCCCCUUCUGUGUACAGUGUACAUUGUAUCAUAGAUUAUAUUGCUUUGGAGCUUUUAAAUUAAACAAACAGACGAAAAAAUCCACUUUAUUUUUUAGUUGUAACGAGCCCGAGGGUGUUUUCCCUGGAUUAUGUGAUCGGAUCUGUUCCUGUUUUCUGAACUGUACCUGGAGACAGCCCAGGAGCUUUUUCCUUGCUAAAUAAAUUUAGUCACCAGAGGCAAAUCCUU